CUCCUUCGAAAACCCAUGUCGACACCCAAACUCUUCUCUCCGUUGACACUUGGGGGCGAUAACCCGGUGCGGUUACAGCACCGAGUGGUAAUGGCGCCGCUCACGAGACUGAGGACAGGGGAGACCGGCGUCCCGACCGACCUCGUGGCUGAAUACUACGCGCAGCGCAGCACGCCCGGCGGUCUGAUUAUUGCUGAAGCCACCAACAUCAGCCCCACGGCACGCGGCUAUUUCGGUGCCCCUGGCUUGUUCACUUCUGAGCAGGUCGAGAGCUGGAAGAAGGUUACGCGUGCAGUUCACGCCAAAGGGGGCAAGAUCUUCGUGCAGCUCUGGCAUACCGGACGGGUGGGUCACCCGUUAAACCAGCCGAACGGCGUGUUGCCAGUUUCGUCGUCCGCAGUUGGACUUGAAGGUGUCAACACCUCCGCAGUGACCCGGGAGGGCAGACGCAAAUACGUCACGCCGCGCGCUCUGGAGACUCGCGAGAUCUUAGGUGUUAUCGCUGACUACAAACGCGCUGCUGAGAAUGCCAUCGCCGCCGGAUUCGACGGCGUCGAGCUGCAUGGUGCCAACGGCUACUUGCUCGAGCAAUUCCUAUGCGAUGGCGUGAACAAGCGCUCGGACAAAUAUGGCGGCGGCAUCGAGAACCGUGCUAGACUGAUGUUUGAGGCGCUCGACGCUGUGCUCUCCAGCUUGAAAUCGAGUCAGGUGGCCAUCCGCUUGUCGCCGUUCGGCGUCACUUUCGGAUGCACGGACUCGACUCCUGCGGAGACCUACGCUUACGUCCUCAAGAAGCUGAACGCACUGAACCUGGCAUAUGUGCACAUUGUGGAGCCGCGCGGCUUCCACUUCAGGGGACCUCACGUGCCGAAAGACGGCACAACGCCAUUCUGCCGAUCGCUGUACCACGGCGUGCUCAUGACGUCGUCUGCGUUCAACCGCGCGGAAGGAAUCAAGAUUACAGAGGACGGCAUGGCAGACUGUGUGGCAUACGGCCGUCCAUUCAUCUCUAAUCCGGACUUCGUGAAGCGUCUGAAGGCUGGAUCGCCCUGGAACCCCUGGGACCGCAAGACGUUCUACAUGCCCGCAAAAGGUCCGUUGUCACUCGGCUAUACGGACUACCCGGCAUUCGAGCAGAAGUCUGCACUAUAA